AUGUCUGUGGCGGAGUUGGGGAGGCUGCAUGCCGAGGUGGAGGAGACUGUGGAGGAGACGGAGAGGCCGCAUGCCCAGGCGGAGAUGAUGGGGGUUGACGCGGAGGUGGAGCGGCUGAAGACGGAAGCGAUGAUUGAAAAGAUGAAGAUUGAUGCUGAGAUGGAGAGGCGGAAGGAAGAGACUGAGAGGGUAAAGGCGGAGACUGAGAAUGUGAGGGUGGAGGCGGAGGUGGAGGUUGAGAAGGCCACGAAGGAGGUUGAGUGGGCAGUGGCGGAGACAGAGAGGGUAAAGGCGGAGGCCAUGAUUGAAAAGAUGCGGAUCGAUGCUGAGACAGAGAGGUUGAAGGCUGAGACAGAGAGGCUGAAGGUUGAGACAGAGAGGGUGAGGGCGGGGACGGAGCGGACAAUAGCGGAUGAGUCGGUCGACCUGGGCUGCUGGAGCCUGGUGUAUAUGGGGUAA